UUCAUUUGUUAAUAAACCCAGUGUAAAUGGUAUGGUUAUGAGUGUUGAUUGGUUGUUGUCUAUUAGCAUGCAGGAAUUGUAUCAUAGCUUGUUUUCUCCUUCUGUACGUCGUGCUUCGAAAUAAUUCCGUCGACAUCUGUGCUUGGGAGAAACCUUAACGUAACGAAAAUGGCUAGCUAUCUUCCUCCUUAGCCAGCUGGCUUUGGUACAGAUCUGGUAUCUGAGUGUAUAUGAGAUUCUUUUUAGCCAUAUGAGGUUAGUAUUGUGCACCUUUUAAAUUCCGUGCAUGCAUUUUGUUGGGAUAAAGUACUGAAUUUAAUCAUCCAUUAGUGGGGAUGCGACUGCUAGCACGAUUGCAAGUUGUACCUGUUAGCCUGUUGGUUUGAAAGCUGCCUUGAAACUGGCUAGCUAUUGCUGGCAGCAGGCUAUGAUUACCUUUCUUUGGGAAUGUAACGUUAGCUACACUCACGCUUAGCUAGCUAGUAUUUUUCUUCUGGGGUUUUCCUGAUAAAAAACGUAACGUUGACGUUGCAUACAUCGAGUUUGAGUCCGUAGUUGCCAAAUAUUAGUCAUGUAAUGGAAUGAAGGUACUUUGCUUGCAUAAUUUGCAGCUAAGUUAACGGUUUCCAUCAAAGGUAACGUUACCUAGCUAAUUAACUUAACGUUAACUGUUAGCUAAGAGCCAACACCAUCUUGUUUGCUGGCUCCAUACGAACGUUAAAGGGUAGAGUUUGAAAGCGUUAUUCUUAUAAUUCUUGGUUGCUGCAGUUUCAUUGUAAUUAAUCAGUCACACGAAGCCGACUAACACCCAGGUGUUCACACAUUCGGUUUCUUGAUGCUGUAAUCGCAAUGGUCAACGUUAGACAACUAGUUAUAGCUUGCAUGGCUGUAUGAAUCAGAAUGCCCACCGCAAGGUACUGUAAUAUUGCAGGUCUUCAUCUACAGCUUCUCGUUCGGGCACUGGUACAUUUUUAGGUUGUAAUGGUAGCUGGUAGAAUGAGAAUGGCAAGUGUGGCUUCAACGAUAACUAAAAGAAUGGAUGCUAUGUUGCUGGGCCUGGUCAUGCGGUGUAUAGCAAGCUGCUGAACCUUACCUAAUAUGAAAUUGACAGAGGAGGACAGGGUCGUUCAUUUUCUGUGGGCAGCCUCCCCAUAACGUUGUAGAUUUCAGGGCAGUUGCUCAAUAAUUAGCCAUUUCAAUUAGGAUAUAAGAGCCAUUGCAGUAAUGACCUUUUUCGGGGUCGGUGUUGUUAUAUCGUGUUGAAAUUGUUAAAUGCAACUUAGUCUAAGCUAAAGGUCUGCAUUUGCUUAGGCUUGCCAUGUAAAUGUUUUAGGUUAUUUGCAAUCAGUUGUAGAGUUUUUCCAUUCUAUCCUUUUUGAUAGUAAUAGGCUGCCUUUCCUCUCAGAAGGGAGCCACUGGAAAGGGAACGGUAGUUCAUGGAAGACAAGAAAAGGAAGAAAGAAGAUAAAAGGAAAAGGGAAACCUCACAGAAGGUUGCAGAGCAAAAAAACAAAGUGCCAGAAUUGACCAAGACCCCAUCCACCCCAUCUCCUGCCACCUCUAACUCGGCGUCCUCCAGCCCUGGCCCGGUCCCUUCGGCAUCCCCCUCCACUGCCACCGCGGCUGCUAGCGCCCCCUCCCAGGGUGGGAACAAUGCUAAGCGGCAGGCGGUGGCCAACGGACAGCCCGCCCCCGGCACCCAGGCCCCCCAGCGUUACAUGCCCCGUGAAGUGCCCCCUCGAUUCCGUUGCCAGCAGGACCACAAAGUGCUACUGAAGAGGGGCCAGCCACCACUGUCCUCUAUGCUGCUGGGGGGAGGCAACAGCGGGGGAGACAGCCCCAGUUCAACAGUAGCUGCUGCAUCAGAUUCCAGCCAGGGCUCUGUGGGUCUCGCUGCUCCCUCACUGCCCCACACUUCAUCCUCCUCAUCAAUCGCUGCUUCUUCUACUACUACUUCUUCAAAUUAUGCAAAUUCCACGUGGGGGGCCAGCUCUGGCAGCCAGCCCCUCUCUCAGGGCAGGGAGAAGGUGAUAGUGGACAGGUCAGACCUGGAGGAGUGGCCGAGCAUCUCUGCUACGGAUGGAGGGGUGCGAGCUGGAGAAUUGAGUGUGAAGGGGGGCCCCGAGGUCAGCGGGAUGUCGAACUGCAGUGCCUCGUGGGGCGACCGGCUCCUCCAGCAGCAGCAGCAGCAGCAGCAGCAGCAGCAGCAGCAGAAGGCCAUGGGAGCUGGAGCAAGUGGAGGUUUAGGUGGCGAGUCUGGCAGCCCUUCUCCACCCUCCGCCUCCAACUCACCUAAUGAAUGUAUGCAGUCCGGCGGCGCCGUCUGGGGCUCUUCCUCCCAGGGAGCCGAGGGAGGAAAUGCAGUAGCGGCAGGCUCGUUGCCCCCCUUAUCCAAAGCCUCCCCUCUCCCAGGGACCUUGGACGGCUCCCUUGGUGUCAGCGGUGGGAUUCCUGGUGCCAAUUUCAACCCCAAUGCCAACCCUUCUGCCUGGCCAGCCCUGGUGCAGGAUGGGGCUGGGGCAGUUGCAAGCGAGGGUGGUCCCUCUUCCCUCCAAAGCUCAACAUCGUCGUCUGCCAACGCCCCUUCCGUGGGUCAUGCCCCUCUUUCUGUGAAUCUAGCCUCUCAUCAGCAGCAGCACCCUCUUCACCAAAUGCAAUCCAGAGACAGAGAGCCAUCCUGUGGGGAGUGGGGUGGUGCAGCCCUGGAGCCAGGAGCAGGACCAAAAAAUACUGGGGUGGCCGAGGAGAGCAUGGACUGCGGAGGGGGAGGAAGUGACCCCUCGGGCACUUCUUCCACGUCCUCCACUACGACCUCAUCCUCAUGGAGGGCUCAGCCUUUCCCUGCUAAUAACUCCAAAACGGGUGCCUCAAGGACUGACCCAUGGGAAGGGGGAACAAGCGCGGGAGGAAACCCAGCCUCUGGCGAGGUGGGGGGCACCUCUUGGGGCUACAGUGGUGGUGGUGGGGCGGAUGGCCGAGGUGGGGUUUCGGGGGGCUGGGGAGCAGGGAGCGGGGGCAGUUGUCAGACCCCCGGUGGGGUAUCUCAGGGAGCGUGGAGUGGUGUGGGAGAGUGGGGAGGUAGCACAGGAGGAGGAGGAGGAGGAGGAGGAGGAGGAGGAGGAGGGGGAGGUGCUAGCGCUAGCGUAGUGGGCAAUCCGCAUGGCUCGAGCAGCAACAGCAGCAGUAGCAGCAGCAGAGGAAGUGUGGGCAACCAGCCCACCACCACCUCUUCCUCCUCUGCGGCCUCUGUCGUGACACGAGCAUGGGACAAUCAGAAGGGCAUCGGUAGCGGCGGCGACGUUGACCAACCAGAGUGGGGAGGCCAGGCGAAAGGGGGAGGCACUUCCUCCUCGAGCGGUGGGAACAACUCCAGGAGUGGUGGCCCACACAAUCAGCACCACCACAGCCACUACCGCACCUAUCAGCCCCCGACCGUCGAAGUGGCCUUACAGACCCUGCUCAGCCGGACCGACUUGGAUCCGCGCGUCCUCUCCAAUACUGGCUGGGGCCAAACACAAAUCCGGCAGAAUGUGGCGUGGGACCUGGAGACCGCGGCCGACAGCACUGGCAGAGGAGCUCGUUCCUCAGCUUCUUCGAUGUCGUCUGCCACAGCUGCGGCUGCACCGUACUCUGGCCCCACCGGUUCGUCGACUACUGAUCCAAUGGCAUCGUCCUCCAUGAUGCCUCCGAACGCCACCCUGAACUCCAAAUUCAACCAGAGCUCCUCUGCUGUGUCCCCUGGGGAAGGCUGGGACAGUGGCAGCGGCAGUGGCAGCAGCAGUACCUCCCAGCCAGCACGCGGUCCUCCGCCAAAUAGCAGUAUCCAAAACCCUGGCGUCUCACAAUCCGGUGGCAUGGGAGGACAGGGGAAGUCCAUGGGAGGGUGGGGUGGAGCGGCCCCAGCAGAAAGCCAAGGGAAAGGGUGGGGCAACGAUGGGCAACAGGAGUGGAGGGAGCAAAGAGAGCAAAGAGGGGGGUGGGGUGAUUUUGGUCAACAGGGUAACUCUGGUCAACAGGGUAACUCGGCGAGAGGCGGCAACAGCGGUGGAAGCUGGGGAGGUGGUCAGGAGGAGAAAGGGACAGGUGGUUGGAAGGAAUUAGGUAGGGAUGGCAGCUGGGGACAGACGGGAAGAAACGGAGCAGGUGGGGAAUGGGGAGAGCGGGAGGAGAAAAGGGCCAAGCCGGGCCCCAGUGGUUGGGAUGGGAAGGGAGACGGGGCAGGUCCAAGCGGAGAUGCUGAGAGUGGUACUUGGGGUGGCUGGGAUGAAGGAACACCCAGGAGAGCGUGGGGAGCAGGAGGUACCAGCGGGACGGGAGGUGGAGGUGUAACAGGCGGAGGAGACACGGGCAGCAAACCUCACCAAGGCUGGGGUGGGAAACUGCAGCCCGCACAGAUGCCAAACAGCCAGGCAGCCUCUAUCAAAGGCCCAGGGCAACAGCAACAGCAGCAGCAGCAACAAUCACAGCCCCAGCAGGCACAGGCGCUGGACCCAGGGGCCAUGCAAGGGGGCUGGGGGCAUCCGGGUCCCCCGGCCCAGAGCCAAAGUUUGGGUUGGUCCUCCGGGCCCAUCCCUCAGGUGCCCAGUGCGGCCAACGAAGUGUCUGAGCCCAGUGGCUGGGAGGAACCCUCGCCCCAGACCAUCAGCAGGAAGCUGGAAAUCGACGACGGUACAUCUGCCUGGGGCGACCCCAACAAAUACAACUCCAAGAGUGUCAAUCUGUGGGACAAAAACGGCGCCCCUUCUGGUCAGUCGGAGCAUGUACAAGGCCCGUCCCCGCAACAACAGCAGCAGCAGCAACAACAACAACAACAGCAGCAGCAGCAGCAACAACAGCAACAACAGCAGCAACAGCAGCAACAGCAGCCGCAGCAACAGCCGCAGCAACAACCGCGGCAACAACCGCAACAGCAGCAGCAGCAACAGCAACAGCAGCAGCUGCCAGGGCCAGUGGCAAUGCAGCACCCACCAGUGAGGUCGUCUGGGAACAGAGACAUGAGCCUCUCACACACAUCCAACAAGGCGCCUCCAAUGGCUCCUUCUGGUUGGGGGAAUAGUGGCUCCCCCUCCAGCCCCUGCGUGGACAACGGCACGGCUGCCUGGGGGAAACCCACCGAGGUGCCCACUGGAUGGGGGGAAUCGGACGACUCGGGGAAGACCCCGGGCUGGAGCAACCCUUCCGCAAAUCCCAUCAAAUCUGGUCCAAAGCCUAUGCAAGAAGGUUGGGGCGAGGCAGAGAGCUCCGUCAGCGCCUCGCGUCACUCCAGCUGGGAGGAGGAGGAGGAGAGUGGCGGUGGCGGCGUUUGGAACAACGCCGGCUCACAGGGCAGCGGCUCGUCGUACAACUCCAGCGGCUGGGGCCAGGGACACAGCGCAAAAAAGGUUAGCAAGGGUCCCAUGAAGAGUGGAGGUGGAGACUCUUGGAUGAAUCCCAUGACCAGGCAGUUUUCCAACAUGGGGUUGCUGGGUGAGGACCCCAGCAGUCGGACCCUGGAUCUGGCCCCUGGCCCCCCCCAGGAGAAAAAGCUGGACGGGGAGAGGCGAGGGAUGAACCUGAACGACUACAAUGGGGAUCUGCGCAAAGGAAGCCGAACCGGUGCUGGAGGAGGUGGACUAACCUACCGUUCGCCCAAUUCCAAAGAUGUGGGGCCUGUUGAGCCUGGACCCUACUGUGAUAAGAUUGGAAGUCAUAACAUGUUUGGUAGUGCAAGUGGGAUGGGCCAGUCCAGGCACCAGCCAGGUGUGCCACCCAUAAACCCGACCCCGGGGAUACGAGCGCAAGUGCCUCAUCAGUUCCUGUCACCUCAGGUGUCAGGCUCCGUACUGAAGCAGAUGCCCCCUCCGAGCAGUGGAGUGGGGGUGGGAGGGGCGGGGGUGUUCCCCCCUCAACUCUCCCCCCAGCACAUCGCAAUGCUGAGCAGCAUCUACCCCCCUCACAUACAGUUCCAGCUGGCCUGUCAGCUGCUUCUGCAGCAGCAGCCUCAGCAGCAACAACAGCAACAACAGCAACAACAGCAGCAGCAGCAGCAGCAGCAGCAGCAGCAGCAACAACAACAACAGCAAGCGCAGCUGCUGCAAAACCAGAGGAAGUUCCCCCAGAACGUGCGGCAGCAGGCUGACCCUCAGCAGAUUGCCCGGAUUAUGGCUGUGCUCCAACAGCAGCGGCAGCAGCAGGUUGGGGGCACAGGCGUGGGCUCCAAACUCUCCCCGUCUCAUCUGGGAGGCGGGGGCCCCAAGAUGCCCAUGUCUGACUCCCUGCCUCACCCCGGGCUGGGGGGCUCCGUGGCUGACAUGCACCCAAAAGCACAGGGGCCAUACUCCGGCUUUGGCUCUGGGGUGAACUUGUCAGGUCUGGAGCUGGGCUCCAUGGUGGGGGGUGGGGGUGGAAUGAAGGACGUGGCCGGCCAGCAGUCCCGCUUCAAGUGGAUGAUGGAGGGCCACUCCCCAGCCCCCUCUCCUCCAGAAAGCGCUUUAAAGAAUGGUCCCAUCUCUGCUCCCAUGAAGGCGAGAGGAGGUUCCCCUUACUCACCCUAUGAGCUCCUGGGGAACGACGGCAUGGGAAUGCCCCCUCAAGGUGCCUCGGAUAACUGGCAUCGAACCCCUGGAAAGACGGGCACCAAGACUGGCACGUCCAGCUGGCCUCCAGAGUUCCAGCCCGGCGUGCCGUGGAAGGGCAUCCCAAGCAUUGACCCCGAGUCUGACCCCUACAUGACCCCUGGGAGCAUGAUGAGUUCAGCUGGAGCACACAGCCUGAGCGACACUGAGCACCAACUACUGAGAGACAACACGGAAUCAAACCCCUCCCUCAACACCUUGUUGCCUUCACCUGGUGCCUGGCCUUACAGUGCCUCUGAGAGCCCCCUCAACAACGCACACAACCCAGCUAAAUACACAGAGUACAAGCCCAGCUGGCCCCCGGAGCCCAUAGGACACAAGUGGAAGGCCAGUCGCAACAGCCCCCAGCUGCCACGCCCACCGCCAGGAUUGGUCCAUCAGAAGCAGCCAUCCAUGUCCCCGUGGGCAGGAGGAGGGCAGCCGCGAUUGGCCAGGGGCUGGGGUGGCUCUGGCAGCAGCCAAGAAACCAGAUACGGGCCUGCAGGUUCGGCGUGGAGUGAUGGGGCCUCCAGAGGAAGCUGCUGGCUGCUGUUGAGUAACCUCACCCCUCAGAUCGACGGCUCCACCCUGCGUACCAUCUGCAUGCAGCACGGGCCCUUGUUGACCUUUCACCUCGGCCUGACCCAGGGCAGCGCUCUGAUCCGCUACAGCUCCCGACAAGAGGCAGCCAAGGCCCAGAGUGCACUGCACAUGUGUGUCCUGGGCAACACCACCAUCCUGGCGGAGUUCGUGAGUGAGGAGGAUGUGGCUCGCUACUUCGCACAUUCCCAGGCCAGCGCCGGUGGGAGCGGCAACGGAAGCGUGUCGGGCACCGGCGUGGUUCCUGGCUCCUCCGGGGCUCCCGGCUCGGUCGGCUCCGGCAACACCUCAGCCGGGGUCCCCGGCGGCGAGCGCGAGAGAGCCGGAGGAGGCGGCGGCAACGGGGUAUCGGCCGUGGGGGGAAACGGAGCCAUCGGUGCAGGGACCGGGGGCAUGGGCGUAGGGGCCCCCGGUUCUGGCUGGCAGAGUUUGGACGGUACGGGCAGCUCCCCGGACGCGGCCUCCUCCUCCUCCAGCCAUGGAGCGGGGCUGAGCAUCUUUGCCCAGUGGAGCAACGGUGCUGGGGGCGGAGGAGGUAGCGGCGGGGUGGUGGAGGCCAGCCGGGGCCAGGGCCUGUGGGGAGGGAUGCCCUCGGGGUAUGCGGUGGGGAGCAGCCUAUGGGGUUCCCCCGCCAUGGACGACCGGCACCAGAUGAGCAGCCCAGCCGCCUUGCUGCCUGGAGACCUGCUUGGAGGGGCUGACUCAAUCUGACUGAAACAUCCCACUUCCUAACACACACACACACACACACACACACACACACACACAUACUUACAUGCAUACAUACAUGCACCAUUUACAUCCAUAGUUACUCAAGCAUACACACAAACACGACUUAAAUACAUGUAUACAACUCUUUAUACCUUCAUGCACACACACAGCACAUAAUACAGUGAAAAGCCGCCAUACCUAGACCCAUAAGUGCAUCAGUACCAAACAGCAGUACACAAACAUACUUGCAUUCUCUCGCGCACACACACACACUCACUUGCAUACAUACAUACAUACAUACUCACACACAUACAUACAUACAUACAUACAUACAUACAUACGUACAUAUAUUCUUCAUUCACAGUUACAUUCAGUUACAUUCGCUCAACUACAGGCACAGACCCAGUCUGCCAGCAUACACUUGCACAUCCAUACAGACAUGCCUAGACCUUGACAUAUGCACUGUGGCAAGCACUCACCAGUGCAGCUAUCCCCUCACUCUGACACUCUCUAAGCACUCAAGGACAGAUACUUUUCAUUCAGAAAGCAAAAACACCGCAGGUUACAGCUUGCUUUACCACAGAGAAAUGUAAUCCUUUAACAACAACACAUGCAUUCUCAGAACAGACUAGUUCAUCCCAUCCCCCCUAAAAAAAAAGACAGGGGGAGGGAGCUCUUAAAACACUGGCCAUAGAAGUGUACACUGUCAAACCUUUGUCUGCAGGUGGGGAAAAUAACAUUGCGGACACACACACAUACGCACACAUGUAUUGGCAUUCAAACACAUACACACAUGUACUUGCAUUCAAACACAUACACACAUGUACUUGCAUUCAGAAACGCACACAUGUACAUUCACAUUCACACGCCUUUCCCUCUUAAAUGAAGACUUCAGCAGCAAGACUUGAACCGACGACAAAAAAAAAAGUGAAAUCAGUUGGACUCAGACUCAACUGGAUGAAUCCUUAAUCUUGAGUUUCUUUAGACACACCCUGCAUACUGAGACAGUCACUCAGGCAUGCAUUGUAAAGAAGAAAAAAAAAAACUACACACACAUACAAACAAUAGCAUACCAAUAUGCAUCAUUUGGAUGUUGUUCUGUGAUUUUUGAACACACAGCAUUGCAGGAUAAUUUCAUAAUGUUACAGCUCUUUACUCGAAAAAUGAACAUACCAAACACUCUCGCCCUUCCUAAAAUACACUGUUCUAAUGUUUGACAAAAAAAAUCAAAACUGUAUCUUGUUGUCUUUUUAUUUUUGGUUUGUUUGUUUCAGUGUUGGACAGUGGCAUCCAGAAAUGUCUUAUAUUUCCUUCAGAUGCUGACCUCGUAUAUAUAUAUUUUUUCUUUUUUUGUUUGUUUUGUUUUUAUUUCGUACUCAAAUCAAGUUUGUUGUCAUAAAAAAAAGACUAUGAUCAUUUGGAUGUGUAGCUGUAUAAGGUGCCCUUCUGCCUAUGUGUGCAUGAUAAGUGGAACAAGUCAGAGGAGAGUGCAUUUUUGGAUGCGUCUGUGUGUGGGGGUGUCUGCCUUUGUCACUGAUGGGGGUGGGGUGUGGGGGGGGGGGUCAGUUGUGUUGGUUGAAGAGUGGGGGGGACGGGUGGGAAAAGGACCUUCAGUCCGACAGUGUGACGCGUGUUUGCUGAUAUGCUCGCCAGGGAGGCGAAUAAAUGUGUGUGUGACAGCUUC